AUGUCUUUUUUCAGAACUCUUAAUACCCGUUCAGAAUAUGAAAAGUUGUUGUCUUCAGCUCAUCCUAAUAAACUGGUGGUGGUUAAAUUCCACGCUGGUUGGUGCUCAGCAUGUCAUGUUAUAGCACCCCUUUAUCAACGGCUUAGUGUUCAGUAUAGGCACGUUGCUUUUGCGAAGGUUGAUGUCGAUAUUAAUAAGGAGACAGCACAACUUGCAGGGGUGACAUCAAUGCCAACUUUCAAGUUUUUCAAAGGAGGUAAUGAAAUUGCAACGAUAAAAGGUGCAGAUCAAGGAGCUCUUGAAAGACAUGUGAAGCAGUUUGCAGGAACUCCAGAGGAGAGUGGCCAGUCAUUAAUAACUGUUCAAGGCCACUCCGACAUUAACGAAUUUAUCACCUUAAAUCAAAUUGAUUGUCUUAAUCAACUUGAAAAUCAUAACGUUCGAAAUGCUUUUACAAAAGAUGACUCUUAUCUAGAAUCUGACGUUGAUGAACAACUGUUGAUAUCGAUUCCAUUCAACCAGUCUGUGAAACUCCAUUCACUAAAAAUAACAGCAAAAGAUAUCGAACACGCACCAAAGACAAUUAAACUUUAUGUGAAUAGGAUUAAUUUUGGCUUCGAUGAAACUGAUUCUAUCGAAGCAACGCAGACAUUGGAAUUGACCGAAAAAGAUUACGAAGAAACUUCCGUCAUCCCGUUGCGAUUUGUGAAAUUCCAAGCCGUGACAAGUUUAGUGUUAUUUGUGCAGGAUAAUCUUGGCGAUGAAGAUACAACAAUCAUCAAGAAUCUUGUGUUUAUAGGGUCUCCGGUUGAAACAACAAAGAUGGAAAAUCUUAAAAAGUUAGACGAAAGUUCUUGA